GCGAGAUUGAGAGGCGGUGGAGAUUUCCGGCACUUGAAUUUGAUUGUCAAGAGAAUCACAUAAACAAAUGUCAUCGUCGUGGGAGAAUUGGGCAACUUCUUGCCUGACAACAGGAGCAGCCAAGCAGCAAGCAUCUCAUCACGCAGGGGUGUUCGGAUUAGAUGGUUCCGUAUGGGGAGCGACAGACGAAGUCGCCAGAGAGAUUCCAAAAGAUUUUUUUAUGACUGUGUCCACCAUCAUGUCUGGAGGUCCUGGAGCGGGCAAGCUGAAGAUCAAAGACAAGUCGUACAUCACAAUUCGUUCUGAUGCCAACCUCCUUAUAGCCAAGAGUGGAGCUGGGGGGAUGACUGUCAGCAAGAGCAAACAGACGUAUGUUAUUGGACUCUAUGACGAUGAAUCUGUCCAACCUUCAAACAACUGUCUAGCUGUGACAAGUAUCUGUGACGCACUCAAAGAUUGUGGUUACUAAGCCAAUGGCUGAUGCUUGACAAGACCCUACCUGAGAAGCUGCCUGGCCCUAUGCGAAUGGAUGUGGGUUUGUGUGUUGGCAUGGCCAGCCAGCCUGUCUGGCUGAUCUUAAUGCAGCUACUAUGCAUUGUAGUCAACUAUUUAACAUGGUUGGACUGAGGAAAGGUGUUGAGGUACAUCCGAUCCAACACAGAUAUUCAAUUGCAUGACAUAUUUUAUGUACAUUUUUUAAAUUUGAAAUUUAAAAGAUUUUCAAUGCUUGUCAGUAUUUGUUAAGGCAAUUCUUCCAACUGUUUAUGAAAUUGACAUGCUUGUUAUUAGUUACUUUAUGUCUUUAUUCCUCGGUUAAAAAGCCACUGAUUUGUAGUGGCCCGAUUCUUGAUUCUUAGGUUUCAGUCAUUCACGGCAGUGUUGACGCUGAAGUCUGUAAUUUGUAUUAUACAUUUUGGGGUACUCAGCUUGGCUGGUUCACUUGAUCCAUUAUAUUUAUGGAGCAAAUGUGAAUAUUCCAAGCUCAGUCCCAGCACAUGACACCUAUGUUAGCCUCCCAAUAUCAACAAUGCUCUGUGAGGAGCUUGUUAAUUUUCCAUUCAAGGGAGACAAUUCUUGUAGGUAUUAAUGGGAUGGGUACUACCAAGGGGAGGUGUGGCAACUUACAGCCUACUGUAGUAUUUGCUCAUGUAGGUGUAGAGGUAAUAUGUUUUAGCAUGCUUGCAUUGAGGUAGUUUGACACACUGUGAUACAUCAUGUAUAUUCUAUCAAUACGGACGAAAGGUUAGGGACCGUUCAUAAUUUAUGGCAGGGGCGGUGAUGAUGAUUUGUAUGGAGAAGCAUGAUGAUGAUUUUAUGGAGAAGCAUGUACAAUGUGAAUGAAACACAAAACACACACCAAAAAACUCAGUUCCAUAUUUCUAAAGCAUAAUUUUUAUGUACAAAAUUGCUUCUCUUCCCUCCACCCCCCGAAUCAUAUG